AUGACUCGCAGUGCUUCCGACCUUCCGACUGCGCUCGUCCAACUCAGUGGUGGCCGGGGGCCCAUCGUCACCGUGAGAGCACUCCUCGACCCAUGCUCUGAGAUCUCGGCCAUCGCUCUCAAGCUCGCUUGCCGCUUAAAGGCCCCUUUGGAGGAUUCUAGAACCAGCGUAUCAGGCAUCGGCGGCGAACACGCCGUAAGGUCGACACUCCGCGCCAGCCUGUGCCUGAUGCCAGGGGAUGGCACCUCCAGUUUGCAUCUGAAGGCGCUGUGCAUACCCUAUCUCGGUCUUUCAACACCUGUGGCCCCACUUGACCUCAGCAUCCUGCGAGUCUGGGCCAGCCUGCAGGACCUCGCCGACCCCGACUUUGGCCUUCCUCGUGCGGUCGAUAUUCUCAUCGGCGCCGAGGUCUACAGCCGUCUGCUGCGCCCUGGGUACCGUCAGCCCAGAGAUAUCGUCGGUCAGCAUACAGCACUCGGCUGGACUCUAGUCCGGUGUACUCCUGGGCACCCCUUGGACAGCGCCAUCCCAUGUCCGACAUUGCACGAUGAGCUGGCUCCUCCCUGGCAUCGCGAGCUCAUCAUGCUACUCCAGCGCUUUUGGGAACUAGAAAAGGUGCCCUCCGUCUGCCACCGCGCGCCCGAUGACAUCGACUGCGAGCGGAUUUUCGCCAACUACCGGCGUGACGCGGACGGCCGUUAUAUCGUGUGUUUGCCUAUGAAGCCCAAUGAUACACCGCUCCUCGACGAUAGCCUGGCUAGCGCCCUGGCCUCACUGCGAUCUCUACACCGUCGCCUCCAGUGGGAUUCAAAGAUGGUGACCGAGUAUAACCACUUCAUGAGCGAGUACCUCGCCCUCGGUCAUAUGAAGCGGCUCUCCAGCCGAGAGCUCUCCGCACCGAGCAGCACGGUCUGCUACGUCCCACACCACGGCAUCUGGCAACACGGAGACCUUGGACCAAAGUUGCGCGUCGUGUUUAACGCCUCGCACCCAACCUCGAGCGGCUACAGCCUAAACUACAUCCUGCACUUCGGGCCAAGACUCCAGGCCGCACUACCGACAGUCCUGCUGCGAUGGCAAAGACAUAGCGUCGCCUUAUGCAGCAUUGUCCAGAUGAUGUUCCGCGAAAUCUGGGUUGACCCACGAGAUGCAGACCUUCAGCGCAUCGUCUGGAGCCCCGAUCCAAGUCAGCCGCCUGUACACUAUCAACUGCGCGCCGUCACUUAUGGCGUGACUUACUCGCCCUACUUGUCACUGCGUCUUCGGGAUCAAGUCAUCGGCCUGCUGCGCUCCGGCAGAUUUCCUCUCCAGAAAUGGGUCGCUAAUGACGCCGAACUUCUGGCUGACCUCACCCAGGAUGCUCGCCUGCACCCUACGUGGCGUAAACUCAGCGACGCCGGCCUCGUCAGCGAGCUUGGCGUCAGCUGGGACCCAGCCUCGGAUACUUUCCGGCUCACACCUCCGGCAGCCCGAGAACAGGACAUUAAGCGGAGCAUCCUUGCUGGUCUCGUGAGCCUCUUCGAUCCUUGCGGUUCGCUCGCCCCGACCAUACCCCAAGCCAAGCUCCUUGUGCAGGAUCUCUGGCGCGCCCGGUUAGGUUGGAAGGAGGUCGUACCUGCAUCAAUGGCUCGUUGGUGGUCAGCUUUCACCACUGAGCUGAAAUCAAUCCAAGGCUUCUCCAUUCCACGUUGGAUUGGAUCUUCGGCUUCGUCGAAAAUUCACCUCCACGCCUUUUCAGACACCAGCCAACGCGCGAUGGGCGCGGUGGUAUACUCCCAGCUGCAGGACUCCUCAGGGCAAGUCUGCUGCCACAUUCUGCUGGCCAAGACGAAACUUGCGCCCAUCCGAAGCCUCAAGCCAUCAGCCACGCCCCAGGCCCGCAUGACAAUCCCUCGCCUUGAGCUGCGUGCCACGUUGCUUGCUGCGAAACUGCUGCGCUUGGUCGUCAGCAAGUGGAACAUCUCUAUUGAGCACUGCUACGCUUGGUGCGACUUUCAAGUCGUUCUACGCUGGCUCCGCUCCACCGAGCCGACCAACCACGCUCUCGUCGACAACUACGUCACCCACAUCCAGGAGACUCUACACCACCAGCAGACAUGGUGGACUUGUCUUUCCUGGCUGUCCGAAGGCCCUGAUCGUUGGCUCCAGGAGCCCUCCGAGCCGCCACAGCCCUUACUUCCUUGCCUCUGCUGCGUCACGCAAAAGGUCGAGUUCGACCUUCUCCGACUGUUCUCCGAUCUGGGCGUCCUCCUGCGCACCCUCACCCACCUGCGUCGAUGGGCGAGACUGCAUCUUGGCUGA